AUGGAUUACAAUUGGACUUCAGGCCAGGAACCUCCCAACAACCAAGAAGUGGGUGUUCCUCGGGCCUUAUUCAUUCCUCAUUCAAAUUCUUUACCAUUUGAGGAAAGGCGUGUGACAUUGGAACAACCUAUUAAGAUUGGUCGAAACGUAUAUCGGGCGACACCAACACCUACGAACACGAUCUUCGAAUGUAGAGUCCUCUCGCGGCAUCACGCCACCCUCUACUAUGACAAAGGACACUUCUAUCUCGUGGACAAUCAAAGCAGCAACGGUACAUUCAUCAACAAUAAACGCUGUUCCAUAUCGGAACUCGAGCCGCAGGAGGUGUUCUCCGGAGACGUGGUCCAGUUCGGCAUUCCCGUAGUUGAGAAUGCAGGGAAUUCGGAAAAGAACACGUUUCCGCCGGUGGUUGCCCUGCUCAAACUGUACCACCCGGACGGGAAGGAGGCGAAGCUCUCCUUCAACCCCACCAUGACGACCCCACUGCACCUGAAAGAGUUGUACCAGCUCAACAACUACGUUCAGGAGGCGGUCCAGCGCGAGGCGUCGCUCGAGGGCAGGCUGCGGACGCUGCGCGAGUGCGUUGAGAGGACGCGCGCCGACGCGCAGGCGUCGUGGGAGCUGUUCGUGGGCGAGCAGCGGCUGCUCACGAGGGUGCACACGCUCGAGGCGAUGCUGGCGGCGGGCAAGCAGCCGGACCACCACCACGUGGUGCAGCUGCUCACCGACAAGCGCAACUACCAGGAGGUCGCUCAGGAGAGCCUCCGCACGGCGCACGAGCAGCGGCUGAUGCUGGAGGAGAGCCUGGAGCGGCGCAACCGGGAGGCGGCCGCGUUGCACCAGCACAACUGCGCGCUGAGGCUCACCGCCAACAACGCCCUCGCCGAGCUGCAGAAGUUGGCGGCGCGUUGCGAGAGGAAGAUGUGCGCAGCGAGGCUCGCUAUCGCCGCCGCAGAGGAGCGGGAGCAGGCAGUGAGAAAACACCUGCCCCUCGCCUGUUCCGUGCAGAACGGCGAGGCGAAGAUGCUGGUUCUCAGCACGGACAGCAACAAGCUGCAAGAGUCGAGGCGCUCCGGUUCGCUGGAGGAUGCCGUUCGAGCCCUGCCAGACUACGUGAAACUGCUGCUGCCACAGCACCUGCUCAACAAGGUGGGCAUAAAAACAAUAUCAGCGGAGGGAAAGUCAGCGAAAGAAUUCGAACUAAUAUUAAAAAAGAAUAAUAUUUACAACUCAGAAAAUAAAGAAAAACAAGUUACGGAGGAUGGCGAUGUUGGUGUCAGCAGUGAGGAGAAAUCCGAGGAGCCGGAGUCUUUCACCGACGACGAGAAGCAAUCUCGGCUCAACCACGAUCAAGUUAACGAAGUGGAGUCCACGAGUCCAAUAGAUGGGGAUCUGCAUCCGGACAACAAUGCGAACUCGACAUACAGCGAGCCGAGCACGCGAGAGGAAUCGCCUAGCAAAGCGGGCGUCGAAUACGCGAACAUACUGCGCGUGAUGGGCGGGCUGAACGAGGAGAUCCGGGCGCUGCGCGAGCGGCUCGCCGCCGCCACGGGCGAGGCGGAGCAGCUACGCGCGGUGCGCGACGAGCUGCUCGCCGCGCAGCCCGAGCCGCGCGACGAGCCGCCCGCCGAGCACGAGGACGCCGCCGCAUUCCGCGCCAAGAUCCACGACUUGCAGGCCCAACUCAGCCGUUCGACGGUCGCCGAGGAGGCGAACCUGGCCGAGAUCCAGCGGCUGGCCUCCAGCGCGGCCGAGAUGCAAGCGGAGCUCGCGUUCCGGCCGACGCGCGCCGACAUCGACGACCUCGCCGCGGUCGUGGGCGGCCUGCGCAACGAGCUCGUCGCCAAGCAGGACCAGAUCGAGCGCCUCCAGGCGACGCUGAACAGGGAGAAGUGCACCGUCGACAAGGCGGUGGAGACCACGCCCGCGAUAGAGAAGCCCGCCGAGCCCGCCGAGCCCAUCGAGCCCGCCGACCCCAUCGACGCUACCAAGAUAUCGGCCGAGAUCGACGAGAUGUUCCAGCUGGACUACGACGAGGACGAGGACGAGUCGGACUCGGCGGCGACCGAGAUCGGUCGAGACGCCCUCGAGGAGGGAACCGCCGCGCCGGCCGAGUACGUGCGCCUGGACGACGAGCAGCGGCUGCAGGUGACCCUGCAGAACGGCAGUCUGCACGCGCUCGAGGAGGAGCUGGUGAGGGCGAAGGAGCGGUGGGCCGAGGUGUGCGCCGAGAGGGCCCGCCUCGCCGCCCAGCUGGCCGCGCUGCAGAGCAAGCCGCUACGCCCCGACGUGACCCACGCCGUAGCGCUACUGCUGCCCGUAGCGCUCGCCUGCCUCUACUACCUCCUGCUGCCCUACAUCUCC